CAUUGCGCAGCUUCAUCGUCUUCACUCAUUCUGUUUUAUUAGUUUUCUGGUAAUGGUAGCGUGCAUUCCGACUUUUUAAAAUUUGCGAGCUUAUAUUUCUGGAACAAGAAACUGAUCAGAUUGUAAUCAUUUGCAAUGGGAGGAGGAGAUCCAUUUAUAUUUGAGAUGGAAGAAGGAAUACCUGGUGCAUCUGGAGAUUUUCAUGCUGCCUUAUCCGAAACUGAGAAUAAUAAUGUUUCUCCAAAAUCUGGAGAAAAAAUUUCGGCUGCACCUGAGAUAUUAGACUCUGGGGAUACAGUCUGGAUUAUGGAUGACUACAUGGUGGUGGACUCUACAUCCUCUCAAGGAGGUAAACGAGGAACCAUAAAUCAAGAAUAUACUAUCCUGGAGCAGUCUACAUCCUCUCAUGGAGAUGAACAAGAAACGAUGAACCUUGAAGAUGUUAGAGCCAAAUUUCUGAACCAGACUGCUGUUCAAGCUUCAAGUAAUAAAUUUCCCCUUUUCCAAGUUAUGAGGAUUGUAUCUGACAAGCAGGAACUGAGCUUUGUAGAAAAGGUGCAUAUUCCAGAAGAUGAGAUUUUCCAUCUGUGCAAUCAAUUUGUGCCCAAUGCUGCAGCGAAAUGUUCUGAUAUUAAAAUCGACUUUAAUUCCUUGAAUGACAUAUCGUUGCCUGCAAUUGGGAUUUAUGGGGACAAACAAAUAAUGGCUGGAAUACUCAAGGACAUGAAAGUUGUUGAUGACCCAAUUCUCAAGCUAAUGGAAGAAGGGAGUUUUGAGCCAGGUUUGUAUGUCAGUAUUUCGCAGGAAAUAUUAGUUGUUUUUUAUUGGCAUCAAGGAACACUUCUGAAAGAUGCAUCUAGGAAAGAAGUUUCGUGCAACUUUAUUCGCUAUGUUGUGGACCUCUGUGAUGAUGUUUAUGUGUGUAUUGAAGAGAAAGAUGUUUUUGAUUCAUUAACUGCUUUUGUUGCCAACAAAUCUCAUAGAAGGAGAAGAACAGAGAGGCUGAAGAUAAGCCAUGUUCGAAAUUCUGAAAAUGAUGUCAAAGUUUCGUCUGGUUGGAGCGUGAGCAUCCAAAAGUUCACGAUGGGUGCAUUUGCAAUAGCCCAUGAGGGAGCGAUGGUACCUGACCGGCCAUUGUUCUUUGCUGAAGGUUACCAUCGCUGUGCCUUCCUCAGUGCAUGUUAUAAACCGGCAAAAAAGUAUGUUAAGCCUAACUGGAAGAAAAUUAAGGUUGAGGCACUGUGUUCUGAGUUACAGAAUUUUUCGAAGUACUAUGAUCUUGAUUUCACUAAGCUCCCUGAUGAGGAGUUUGUUCUUUUACUCAAGCAUUCAAAAAUGCCAGAGUUUAAGAAUUAUGAGGAUUUGAUGCAUUCAAUUCAAGAUCGCCGUGGUGAUUAUCUCAAAUCCAACUUAAUUGAAUUCAAACUCAAAGAAUUGGGUUUAAAAAUCUUGAACAGUAUUCUCCAUGUUUUGCCAGAGUAUUGCACCUCUGUUCAAUAUCUUUCUGAUUUGGACGCCUCAGAACUUAUGGCGAGGCAGAGCAUUGCAGAUGAUAAAUACCCAACUGAACCCAGCCGAUUUGAGCACCUUCAAUGUCAGUUAGCCACUAUUUGGGAUCUUAACCCAGAUAAGCAAAGGGUGCUUUUUACUGGUACAGAAUUUACAUUUAAGCAGAAGAAUGAUGAGAAGUGCGUAACAUUUGUCAUUGAGAAAUCUGGCAAUCCACUUGUGUUCGGAAGAGAAAUUGUCUUGAGGUACAAGGGGGAAGAUCACAAGACUGAAAAUGCUAAAUUUUUGCCCAUUGAUCAAGAUGCAUCUGGGAAGGAAUUUCCUGUAGUUUCAGGUGUACCUGUUCUUCUUAGGUUUCUAAGCAAAAAGAGCCCCAAUGAAGGAAUCAUAGAGCUCAGCCAGACCUUGGAUGGUGUACUGCGUGACUGGAUAAGGCCUUCAGUUCCAAAAGAAUUACUAAGUCUGGAACAGAAUAUUGUCUUCUUGGGUUCUCUGAUGGCCAAUGGCAUGUUAAAUGAAAGGAAAAAGUUUGGUCGACCUCUACGUGACAAGCUAUUGCAACUGAAAAGAGAUUCUAUUGAGAAGGACCUCCUCUUAGCAUUCCUCAUGAGUAAUGAGGAUUUGGAUAAAUUAAAAAGUUUCAGCACAACUGACAUGAAGAAGUUUCUGACAGCUGGUAGCCUUCAUGUUAUUGCCCACUUGUUGGAUUCUGUUGAAGUGAAACUUUCCACGGAAUCUCUGGAAUCUUACUUGCAAUGGAAGAAGCGAUUAUUUGAAUUUAAACUUCAUGAAACUUCAAGUAAAGUUCUGUUUUCGAUUGGAUUCUUUAAAGAUCUAUGGUCAUCAAUCUAUAAGGAAGGAAAAGAAGCAUUCAAGGAAAAUGUGAAAGCUAUGAUAAGGAAAGACAUGUUCUUAUUGCUUCGUGAAAAAAUUCAAUAUGAAAAGGCUGCAGCUGAAAAGAUCCAGGAACAAAGAUUCAAAGAUGAAAAAGAAAACUUCCUCAUCUUAACAAAGAAAAAUCUAUCUCAAAACCAAGUGAUGGGAAGGCGUUUGCAUAUUCAAAGAUUUUCUGUUGAAAAACGAUAUUAUUAUCUAGGACCUCACGAAGUAAACAUGCAGUUUUUAACUGAAGAAGAAGAAAAACCAAGUAUACAGUGGAUGAUUGUGGAAUUGGUGCCCAAGAAAAAGGAUUUGGAUGAGUUAAGUUUAAACUCAAUGCACGGUAUUACUCCAUCAUGCUCAGAUAUGGUUGAGUUAGUCUGCUGUGAUGCUGAAACAGAAGUUCUGAAAAAGGUGGUUUUUCUCAAAUCUGGAGAGCUGUUGAUUUUCAUUCACGAUAAAGAACAAAAUAGUCUCAAUUUGUACAUGGUCCCAAAGCUAGGGCCACUUGUAUGUGGGAGUAAUCCCAUUCGUAUAUUUAGAAGAGGUUUUGAUUUGGUAGCUUUUGAUGAACGCACUAGGUUUCUAGCUCUCUUUGAGGCAGACGUAGCUAAGAUUCAAAUUUAUAAAUUCGACGAGUCAUUCCGACACAUAGAUUGGACUGGAAUUGAGAUUUUACUUGAAUUUUUUUCUGGAAGUACAAACACAGUAUGGAUGCAGUUUAUUCCAGGGAAAGCGGAAUUGCUUUUAAUUGACGACUCAAACAGAGCCAGGGUGGUUGAACUCCAUCAACAUCCACUCAUGAAGCCCAAGCAUCUGUCUCUUAUGUCAGAUUUCAGAAAUGCGUGUGUUUCAGGGGAUGGCUCCUUUCUUUUUGUAUUUCAGAGAUCUGCAGAAGUCUCUGAAGAUUGCUCUUUGUCCUCAGCACAACUAACUGCUCAAGAAACUCAAUCUUCAUUUGAGACUGAGGUUAAAGUUUAUAUGCUAGGUGACACCAUGUCUUACUUGAAGACCAUUUGCUUGGAUAUAAAUGUUGGAGACAUAGGGAAUCUUCAGGCAAUGAUAGUGCAUUUUGGUUGUCAAACUCACCUCGUUGUGUACUCUGAUGUUGUGCCUGGCUUUAUUUCUUCUAAUUUGUUAACUCUAGUUUCAGCUACAGAAGUUUUGGAGUUUCAAGAAUUAUCAAAAGGGAAGCAAAAUUCAGAAGCACGUAAAAAGGAUUCUGUGUACCAGGACUGUCCGAAGAGUUGUGCCGCAUUAGACUAUUUUUACCAUAUUUUUGAUAAGUUUGCAGUUAGUCCUGCUCUGUUUAGAGGUCUUAUCAGGCAUCUCAACUUCAAUGUUUUGCUUAAAUCAAAAGAUACAACUAAAGCAGAUCUUGGUCAAAGAAAAUGUGAAGAAUACUUGAAGCUUCUUAUUGGACAGUUGGAGCAAGAAAAAGGAAAGGAUUUUUCUGAACUGAGUAUUCAGUUUCAUGUUGACAAGUCUGAGGGCUGGGAUUCUAAUUUUAUAGAUGUCAAGUUGCCUUAUUGUCAAAAGAAGGCUGCAGGAAACUGGAUCCGACAGCUCAUUUGCCUUGUACCUAUUCAAGUUACUCGAGCUGAAAACAACGGACUAAGGCCAUUGAUUGAUGGCCUUCAGAUACCACCACACCUCACUUACACAGAUAGUAUUUCUCUGGCUAAUUUGAUGCAUUUUGGCUUGUAUGAUGCUGUGUUGAAUCAGUGGGAUGGUAAGAUCAAGGUGAUAUCAUCAAUGGGGAAACAAAGCAGUGGGAAGUCAUACCUAUUAAAUCAUCUAUCAGGAUCUCUUCUUGAUGUAGCGGGCGGGAGAUGUACAGAUGGGGUGUGGAUGACAGUUCGAGUGGAUGCAGAGUGUCUCUAUGUACUAAUGGAUUUUGAAGGACUGGGUAGCUUCGAGAGGACCGAGCAAGAAGACAUGCUGCUUUCUGUCCUUAAUGCAGCCAUCAGUAAUCUAACAAUAUUCAAUAAAAAGGACUUUCAUCUAGACAAGGAGACGGAAGCUGUGUUUAAUCGCUUUCAAAAUGGGGUAAGCUUGGUUAAGAGCGACAAGAAGUUAUUCAAGGGGCUAUUCUACAUAGCAAUCAAGGAUGUUGAUUUAGCUGAUGUAGAGGAUUUAAAAGAUGAGUUUCGCAUAAAACUAUUACAAAUUUGUAAGAGAUCCCGGGAAAACUUUUUAACAAAAAUGUAUGGAGGAAUGGUUGAACUUGCUGCAAUGCCUCCUUUCACUCGGAGAGAAUAUUACCAAGAAAGCCUGUCAGAAAUAGCGUUGACUGUGGAAGAGGAUUUAGAACCUGCCUACCAGAACGGGCGCUCCUUCUUGAGAGAUUUGAAGCUUGUAACUGCCCAGAUAGCAGCCAAGGACUGGACCCCCGUAGAUUUGAAACGUGUUGCCAUGAAGGUGGAUAUUCUUCGUAAACAUUUGGGUUCUGCAGUCAGAGAAGGAUGUCUCUCUAUGUCAGGAGCCAGCAGGGUGCUUGUGAAUUUUGACACUCAAGAAGAAAUUCUUGAUACUCCAAUAGAGAUUGAGGAUCUCUUGAUUGAUGUGCACGAUACUGGGCUGGAGCUUGCACCUGCAGAAGAAUCAAUUUCGAAUGACAAAAUCUUGUCUGAUCUCAGAUCAAGGCUAGACUCAGUCUUCAAAAAAAGAGGUUUAAAUGGUGAUCAGUGGCACUCUAUGUUUCAAUGUUUCGUAGGAAAACUGAUUGACAGGAGGUGUGAGCGCGUUCAAAGCUGGCUCUGUAGUAAUACCACAGAAUUCGCUGGCAAUCAUGAUUUACAGAAAUUGCAAUUAGAGGCAGUUGCAGCCCUUGCAGAGCUAAAACAGGGUCUGUCUGUCUGUGGUUGCAAAUGCUCUGUCUGUUUCUGGCGAUGUGUUCUACAGAAAGGCCAUACCUCUGAUCACUCUUGCAUGGGAAAUCACGCGUGUGCAGAGAAGUGCACAUAUUGUUCUCUUGAAGCAGGCGUAGGAAUUGAAGUGGAGGAAUGUCGUAAUUUGGCAGGUCAUGAUGGAGAUCAUGAUUGCAAAAGGAGAAACCAUAGCUGCGGCAAGAUUUGUUCUUUAAAUGAAAAGUCAUCUAAUUGCACUAUGGCAUGUUGUCUUAAAGUUGGGCAUGACGGUCCUCACAAGUGCAAUUCACCUCAACAUAUGUGCAAGAUGAAAUGCUCCCUUCGAAGCUGCAAAAAUCCUUGUGCAGUGCCAAUUGAGCUUGGGGAUCACAAAAAACAUGCUUGCCAUGAAAGGUUUUGUCCCAAAAAAUGCAUUAUGGAUGGUUGCCCAAGACUCUGUGGUUAUGAGGAUCAUUUCCAUGCAUUAAAAAGCGAAGAACAUCUCUGUGGCAGUGAGCAUGCUUGUCGGGAGAAAUGUGAAGCUGAUGGCAUCUGUGAAAUUUUCACUGAACUUGUUAGACAAACGCGUACAUUUCAGGGCAAAAAAAGUUCCUUUGAGUAUGAGCAUGUCUCUGAACAAAACGGACUGCGGAAGGAUUGUUGCAUUCCAAUCCCAGCAUUUGAAAAAAUUCACAAGGGCAUACAUCUUCACACGCUCAAUCCAGAUGCUGUACAUUAUUGUAAUCUUAGGUGCGAAGCAUGUGGGUAUUUUUGUCAACGGCCCAUCAAUCAUUCUGGAUUGCAUAACACAGUUCAUGGGAAUAUGAGACAUGUCAACUUUGUAUCAGACAGGGAAGAAUUUGAUAUUAAUGGCAGGCAAUAUGCUUGUGGAGAAUCUGGAAUAGCUGAGAUGUGUAACAUGCAUUGCAAAGCACAAGGUCGGGGUCACAUUCAUUUAAUUCGCUGUCCCGUGAAUGAUAAAUUAGAGUGCACAAGUCAUUUGUACGAUGGGUCAAGGCACGAGACAAGGAAAUAUGGCCCUAUUGAAGAAAUUUCAAAAGAUGAGCUUACCCAUGAGACCUAUUGGAGAAGAAUGCGUUUUGAAGAUCCUUGCAGUGAAGAAGAUCAGAAAGAGUUUGCUCUGUGUAAACACCUUUGCAGGUCACAGGAGCACAAUGAAAGUGAUGGUAGUACCUCAAGAUCUUAUUGCACAGAGAAACUAUGGCAUCCUCCGGUGGUAAGCAGUGGCUCAGUUGCAUCUUCUUCAGGGUAUGUAACUAAGGAUGGUCAUGUGUUUGCAUGUCAACAUUCCAAGAACAUUGCUCAUCAUGUGAUUUUUGUCAUUGAUAAGUCUGGUUCAAUGAGUCAUUAUGAUAUUAGACCCACUAUGUCCAAAUUUAUGUCUGGACACAAUUGCAGGUUGGGUUGCGUGUAUGAGGCUAUUGUUAGGUUCAUUGUCACACGGCAGGCAACCACAAGUGAUGAUUCUGUAUCUGUGGUUUUGUUUGAUACUACGGCAGUUCUUGCCUUAGAAAUGAAAGAGAUGAAAGAAGACAUAGUUGACUACCUGCUUCAGUAUCGUGCAUGUGGAGGAACAAGUUAUUCAAGUGGCUUACUAUUGGCAGAGGAUGCUAUCAUUCGUGGAUCCAAAGAUCCUAAUGUGGAGAAGAAGAAACCGACAGUCAUUUUCUUGAGUGAUGGUGGAAACAAUGAUGGGCAGGAUCCUGUUCACUUGGUAAAUAGAUUGAAACAGAGGGAACCAAGAGUGGUACUUCAUACCAUCAUGUUUGGAAGAGAUCCCACAGUUCAUGUUUUGGAGACGAUGGCAGCAGCUGGGAAUGGCUCAUUUCAGCACAGCCUUGAUGAGGUGCAGCUGCAACGAAGCUUUGAGAAUUUAGCAAGUAGUCUGCAGCCUAAUGUUGCCUCUUUAAUGAGAUUAGAUAAUUAGUUCUUAAGUUUUUUGUGUUGAGCAUUUUACAUGCAUCUUGCUUAUAAUAUUUUGUUUACUUUUCCAAGUUCA